AUGAGAUUCCCUAACAAUGUAUUAUUUGGCCUAGGCGCCGCAACAGGCGCGUUGGCUGGUUCCUACCAGCCCAAGUUUCGCACUUCUCCAAUUGACGGCUCGAAGAUUGCGCUUCCAACGAAAGAGCAAUUGGCUUUCCAAGAUAAGGAGAUUGGAGUUCUCAUUCAUUAUGAGAUAGCAACCUACCUCGACAUCGACGGCUGCAAUAAGGUCCCCGACCUUGUUCCUGACAUCGACCUGUUCAACCCGAGCAACAUCGACACUGAUGGAUGGAUGGACUCAGCCGCUGCGCUGGGCGCAAAAUACGCCACGCUUGUCGCCAAACACAACUGCGGGUUUGCGAUGUGGCCGAGUGAAGUGACUUUCCCAGACCGGGAAAACGAGACUGUCCCAUACAAUUAUACGAUCGGCCAAUCACCAGUCCAUGGCCAGAACGUCGUCCAGAGUUUUGUGGACUCGGCCAAGAAACACAAUAUCGGGCAUGGAUUCUACUACAGUGUUGUGUGGAAUAACUACCUGAAUGUGCAGGACUCGGGAGUUCGUCCUGACGCUUGGGCUCCCGGCCAAGUGAACAUUACCGACGGUACAUACGACCAAAUCGUCUAUGACCAAUUGAGCGAACUGUGGAAGAACUAUGGCAGCUUGACUGAGAUCUGGUUUGAUGGAGGUUACAGCGCCUCGCAGAAAGACAAGAUUGAGAGUCUCUUGCAGGAGACUCAGCCCCAAGCAGUCAUUUUCGGUGGCUGCGGAACGGAUGGAACGUGUGUGUCGGCCAAUUCCAUUCGAUGGAUCGGAACAGAAGCUGGAGAGGCCCCGGAGGAGAACUGGUCUAGUGGCCUGACAAACGAUGGCGGAGACUCUACGAGCCCGUAUUUCUGCCCUGCCGAAUGCGAUACCACCCUGCAGACAGAGGAUCGUUGGUUCUUCGGUGUUGACCAACCGUUAAGAUCUCUUGACGAGAUGAUCGGUGUCUACCACAAGACUGUUGGCCGAAACUGCAUCCUCGAGCUGGAUCUCGCCCCGGAUCGAACAGGAGCUAUCCCCAAGGAACACGCAACCCGUUACAAGGAACUUGGCGAUUUCAUCAACGCGUGCUAUGGCAAGACUGUUGCGGAUGAUGCGACACACGAUUCCAACGAAAAUGGCGAGUAUAAUAUCAAGCUUAGCAAGCCCACUGAAAUCGAUCGCAUUGUGAUGAUGGAGGAUCAAACAAACGGCCAAGUGAUUCGGUCCUACGAGGUCCAUGCGAAAAUCGAAGGUGGUAAUGGCGAAUUCCAGCUUGUUUCAAAUGGAACAAGUAUUGGCCAUAAGAAGAUCGAUAUCUUUGACAAAUCUGUCAAGGCUACGGAGGUCUCAAUCAAGACUAAAUAUGUUGAUACCCCCAAAUGGCGAUCUGUCUCGCUCCAUCUUUGCCACAACCCCUGA